GUGAUAUUUUCUAGGCAAAAUUAAAGCAGAAGGGAAGGGAUGAGAGGCAACCACCCUACUUUAAUUUAUCUUAGAAGAAAAAGGUUAGACAAGUAUCCCUUUCUAUUUUCUUUCCUUCCCUCAUCACCAGUCACUUGAAACCCUAAUAGCCUCACCCUCCUAAGUCCUAACUUGCAAACACAAAAGAGAGUAAGAUACAUAUUUAAGUGCGUGCGUGCGUCGGAGUGUUUCCCCCAAACCCCAUACCUAUGAAACUCUCAAAGUCUUUCCAUUAAUGGAUUCGGGUAACAGCAGCGGGAGUAUGAGUAGCGGUGCUGAUGAAGAGAACGAGUCACGCGCCCACUCGCUCUCUUCUUCUUACAUGACACCACCUCCUCCCUUCACCACCGCCACUAACAACACGCAGCAGCACCUGUUCCUGCAGGAUCCUCUACUAUCAAACUACCUUGACAUCAUGUGGUCCAAACCCAACAACCAAUCGGAUCUAGCUGCCUCCUUCAUCAUACCUUCUUCAUCACAACAAGAACAAGCUGGAGGUGUCGCUGAUGUGGCAACUAAUCAGCAAAACCAGGGGGUCCCUGCUUCUUCCCCACCCAACAGAGCGGUGAGAACCAACCCCAAGAAACGGUCUAGAGCUUCUAGGCGUGCACCUACAACUGUGCUCACCACAGACACCAGCAAUUUCCGAGCCAUGGUUCAGGAAUUCACCGGCAUCCCAGCUCCUCCUUUCCCAAGAACCAGGUUCGAUCUAUUUGCUUCUUCUUCUUCUUCCGCUCUCCUGGACCCCUCACCGCCACCGCCAUCUUAUCUUCUUCGCCCUUUCCCACAGAGACUACUUAACAACCACCCUCUUCCCCCACCCUCCAUCGUCCACAACUCAACUACUGCCAUUAACUUCCAACAGCCCAUCUCUUCUUUAGGUACUCUCAGCUUCCAGAACAUGCUACAGCAAGCACCACCUCCAAACUACCCUUCUCAUCAUCAUCAUGCUGCUUCUGUUGCCGCCCAAGUGGGACUGAGGCAACAAGCGCAUCUUAACAACGAGAACAGGUUGCUGAGUAGUAGUAGUAAUGAUUCAUCAAGGGAGGAAUGGGCCCAGAGAAGAAGUGAUGGUCAAGGAGAAGAAGCUCUCUACACUGACGUUGCAGAAAACACACUACUCACAAAUACUGCCGCCAAAGUACAACACUACUCUUCGAAUACUAAGGGGACAGAUCAGUGUACAACUCAAGGUAUGCUAGAAUCAUUGAUUCAUUCUUCUUCUCCUCAUAAUUUAAGACCGAUAACACAAUAUGAUGAGGACAACAACAAUGACAUACAACACAAACAACAUUAUUAAUUGCUUUAUGUUUGUUUCUCAUUUCGUAAAGUUUGAAGCAACUCAGUCACUGUAGUAUCAAUCAAAGACAGAAUCCAAUCUCUUGCUUCGCAUUGUCAUCUUAACCACAACCAUCACAUUAAUUAAUUAAACUAGACACUCUUCUUCUUUUUCUUUUCUUUUAUCUGUAGUUGUGUACAUUAGUAGAAAUAUGUAUCUUUAUUUUUGCUAUUUUACUCUUAAUUAAUUAUUUUUAUUUUGCAAGAAUGUUGAAUCUUUUA